GUGCUGCUGUUGCUGGAGACGAGUAGCUCUUCGCGUCUUCAUCUCCUCGGCUUCCUGGAAUCGCGGUUGCCUCCGCUGCCGAGACCGAAGUCACUGUAUAUAUGCCUUGUUUCCUGCGUCCACGGGAAGCAUGAGCCUGUUGGGACUUGGGACAAGAAGAAGACAAGACAUCUUCACAAGGAAAACCAGACACUAACAAAAAGUAUCCCAAAGUCUGAAGAGAUAAAACGCAAACAUGACCGACAGAGGACUUAGGGAUCCUCCAGAGGACCCUCAAAAGGAUUUGGAAAAUGAUCCAUCAAUAAAUUGUCAGGCACAGGAGACUACAGACACAGCAAGUACCACUGAAGAAGCUCAGACCCCAAACCCUGCCUCUGGUCUUAACAAAGACCACCAAGAGGUAGAAUCAGUUGGUCCAGGAAGUGCAGAUACAGAUGAUCAAUCAGAAAAUCCAGAUGAAACAGAUUAUAGGAAAUAUCCAAAGGAUACAGAAGGUGAGAACAGCCAGAGUUUCCAGGGUGGAGAACGAGGGCAUCAACUCCCUUCAGAAAGUCUGGGUGAAGACCUCUUGGAUCCAGAACCCAACUGUUCUCCAAGUGACAAGGUGGGAAGAACAGACAUACACUUAGUGAGCAGCUCUGCAGCCCUCCCUGAGCAUGUGAGCGACAGACCCGGAGCUUUGCAGGAGGCACCUGUCCUUGACCCUCAGGAUGCCCAGAGUCCUGGGCAUUCCAGUGCAGGGCUGGAGAGCCAGGACACACUGAGGAAGCGACUGCUGGCACCAGAGGUUGAGAGACAUCAACAAGAAACACAAAAAUUGGAAGGAAACAAAGAGAAUGCACAGGAUACCAUAAGAAAGAUUAAUAAAAAGGAUUUUCUGAGCUAUGGCUCCAUCUUUCUUGGCUUCCUGGUUCUGACUCUUAUUUUGCUAAGUUCUGUUAAUAGCUACUAUUCCUCUCCGGCCCAGCAAGCGCCCAAAAAUCCAGCUUUGGAAGCCUUCUUGGUUCAUUUCAGCCAUUUGAAGGAUAAAUUUCCAGGCCAGAGUUCCUUUCUGUGGCAGAGAGGACGUAAGUUUCUCCAGAAGCACCUCAAUGCUUCACACCCCACUGAGCCAGCCACCAUCAUAUUUACAGCAGCUCGAGAGGGAAGAGAGACCCUGAAGUGCCUCAGCCACCACGUUGCGGAUGCCUACACGUCUGCCCAGAAAGUCUCUGCCAUUCAGAUUGAUGGAGCUGGAAAAACCUUUCAGGACAGUGAUAAGGUCAAGCAUUCAGUUGACAUGGAGCUGAGCUCUGGAUUUGAGAAGGGCCAGAAGGCUGCUGUGGUCCACCGCUUUGAAUCCCUUCCUGCAGGCUCCACCUUGAUCUUCUACAAGUAUUGUGACCAUGAGAACGCUGCCUUUAAAGAUGUGGCCCUGGUCCUGACCAUCCUACUGGAGGAGGAAACAUUAGAAGCAAGUGUUGGCCCAAGGGAAACUGAAGAGAAAGUGAGAGAUUUACUUUGGGCGAGAUUUACCAACUCUAACACUCCCAGCUCCUUCAACCACAUGGAUUCAGACAAACUGAGUGGACUGUGGAGCCGUAUUUCCCACCUGGUGCUGCCUGUCCAGCCAGUGAGGAGCAUAGAAGAACAGGGCUGCUUUCUAUAAGCUAAGCACAGAGUUGGUUAUGGUCAGCAUGGGCUUAUUAAAAAGUCAGUUUAAAAGCCUUCCAUUUAUAUGGAAGGAGGUUGACGAAUGUGAGGAAAUAGCCUGGAAAGCACAAAUGAGCUUAUUUGAGAAAAGAAAUGUUCAUUUUUUACUUUUUGUAAAAUCUUUCUAAUCUAAGCUUGACAAAGCUAAAAGUUGACCUGACUUUUUUUCCUUGCCUUUCGAGCAAAUCAGGUAUAUAUAACUGAGGAAUGUUCUUCAAUCCAAAAGUAGAGCAACAGAAUCAUUACAUGGGAAGAUAAUCUUCUCAGUAACUACAGAGUGAUUUUUGUUUUCUUGAGGCUCUACGGAGCCUUUUGGAUAGUAUUUGGACUCAGAUUAAAGCAAUUACAAUCAUAAAACUGAAAAUUUUAAAAAAUUUCUAUCACAUGUUAAAUAUUUUUAAAAUUCAUUUUAAUAACCUAGUUGUGGGAUUACAUCUUAUGCUUUUUUGCACUUUUGAAUAGUAUGAAAAAGGAAAUAAGAAUUCAAAUACUUAUUUACCUAAAUACUAUAUGUAAGGCACUAUGUUUUUGUUCCGUUAAUGAGCUCUGAGGGAAAAGCAGCUGUGCUCAAGAAAUGUUCUUAAAAAUUGAAAACAAUGGGGGAGUUGUUUAUAAUCACUGCAAAUGAAGAAAUUCCAGUUGGCUGU